CUUCCUCCUUCGUCAACAUGGCGCCGAUGUUGGCGCCGCUAAAAUGCGGCUACUAUCUCCAAAGACGAAAAUUAGCGCUUCUUAUCCGCCAGACAAGUUCAUUUCACGUUUGGAGUAAAAGUCGCAUUGAAGACGGGACACACUGUACUCGUCAGAAUACAUAUGUGCCAAGCUCCCUCCCACACCUACGGACAGCAGCAUGGAGCACAAACAAAACACAAAACUGUCGGCAAAUUUUAGAGGCUGCAAAACACUUACAGGUGACUGAAAAGCGAACAUGUUGGCAUGGAAAUGCAGGCGGAGGUCUGAGUGCAGAUCCACAAAAUGUGCUGAAGGAGGUGAAUUCAGCCAAGAUUCUGUCUGCGAUGCUGUCUUACGUUUGGCCAAAGGAUCGACCAGACCUGCGGGCACGCGUUGCCAUCUCAUUAGGCCUGCUUGCUGGAGCCAAGCUCACCAAUGUGGUAGUGCCCUUCAUGUUUAAGUAUGCAGUGGACGAGCUUAACCAGAUGUCGGGGCACAUGCUGAACCUGAAUGAUGCGCCAAGCACCGUGGCUACCAUGGCAACGGCCAUGCUGAUUGGCUAUGGCGUGUCGCGGACCUGUUCCGCCCUCUUCAAUGAGCUGAGGAACACCGUGUUCGGCAAAGUGGCCCAGAGCUCCAUUCGACGCAUCGCCAAGAACGUCUUUCUACACUUGCAUAAUCUGGAUCUGGGGUUCCACCUCAGUCGUCAGACGGGGGCGCUGUCCAAAGCAAUUGACCGCGGCACGCGGGGCAUAUCUUUUGUCCUCAGUGCUCUUGUCUUCAAUCUGGGACCUACAGUGUUUGAGAUGGGCCUCGUCAGUGCUAUUUUGUAUCACAAGUGUGGCGGACAGUUUGCAGCAGUGGCCUUGGGCACCUUAUCAGCGUACACUCUCUUCACGAUUCUCGUUACUCAGUGGAGGACUCAGUUCCGUAUCGAGAUGAACAAAGCUGACAAUGCAGCAGGCAAUGCAGCCAUUGACUCCCUGCUCAACUAUGAGACUGUCAAGUACUUCAAUAAUGAGAGGUACGAAGCUGAAAGGUACGAUGAAUUCCUGAAGAUCUACGAGUCAUCCUCUUUAAAGACCACGUCGACGCUCGCCAUGCUCAACUUUGGCCAGAAUGCCAUCUUCAGCGUCGGCCUCACGGCAAUCAUGCUGCUGGCCAGUAAGAGCAUCACAGCAGGCACCAUGACGGUGGGCGACCUGGUGAUGGUGAAUGGCCUGCUCUUCCAGCUCUCCCUUCCUCUCAACUUCCUGGGAACGGUGUACCGAGAGACCCGGCAGGCUCUCAUAGACAUGAACACGCUGUUCACUCUCCUCAGCGUCGACACAAAGAUCAAGGAAAGGAAUCUUGCUCCACCAUUGAGAGUCACCCCUCAGGACGCCACCAUCCGCUUUGAGGACGUCUACUUUGAAUACCUGGAAGGCCAAAAGGUUUUAAACGGAGUGUCCUUUGAGGUGCCUGCUGGGAAGAAGGUGGCUAUAGUCGGUGGCAGCGGAUCAGGGAAGAGCACGGUGGUGCGGCUGCUGUUUCGUUUCUAUGAGCCCCAGCGGGGUAAUAUUUACAUCGCAGGGCAGAAUAUCCGAGACGUGAGCCUGGACAGCCUGAGGAAGGCUUUGGGGGUCGUACCUCAGGAUGCCGUUCUGUUUCACAACACCAUCUUCUAUAACCUGCAAUACGGCAACAUCCACGCUACGCCAGAGGAGGUGUACCAAGUGGCACGUUUAGCGGGUCUCCAUGAUGCUAUCCUCAGGAUGCCCCAUGGCUAUGACACUCAGGUUGGAGAGCGCGGCCUCAAGCUGUCAGGCGGGGAGAAGCAGCGCGUCGCCAUCGCCCGCAGCAUUCUCAAAAAUCCACCCAUCCUUCUGUACGACGAGGCGACGUCGUCCCUGGACUCCAUCACCGAAGAGAACAUCCUGAGCUCCAUGAGGGAGAUGGUAAAGGACAGGACGUCCCUCUUCAUCGCUCACAGACUCUCCACCAUCGUAGAUGCAGAUGAGAUCAUAGUGCUCAGUCAGGGCAAAGUGGCGGAGCGUGGCAGCCACCGCACCCUCCUCAGCACCCCGGGCAGCUUAUACGCAGAACUCUGGAACGCCCAGAACAGCAAAAUCCUGAACAGCGCCAAGAGCUCGGCCGAGCCGCCGGCCGAGCGACUGUCCCAGAAGGAGGAGGAGAGGAAAAAGCUCCAGGAGGAGAUCCUGAACAGUGUGAAGGGCUGUGGGAACUGCUCCUGCUGAGACCGCCAUGUUUUCUCAUCCCUCACAGAUGGCCUACGCUGGAAUCCUUCAGUCUGUGCAGUUAGGAGAGAACAAGACAGGGGGGGUUAGACCCCCCAUCAGUGUGACUAUCUCUUCUCCUCUUCAUGUGAAUCAAGGCAACUAUGAAGGAGGAGCAGAACAAGGAGCAAGUGUUUUUAGCUCUGGCUGGUGGCCAGGGACGGAGCUCAUGCAUCAGCCAGUCGUCCGAGCCGAAGCAAAGCAGAGGAGACCCGGUGUGUCACGCACGCGUGUUUCAGACAUCUGUUAGUCAACAUGGCCGCUCUCUUCUCUUCGUUUUUGACAUCUGGUUGGUUGACAUCUCUCACCGCACUGGAAACAUGUAAUGAUCACAUAUGCCUUCCCGUUGACACAUCGUUUUGUAUCAAUUAAAUGUUUUAAAUUAUUCAAAUACGAAACUGAGUUUACAGUUUGUGUGUGGAGGUUGUGUACGUAUUACAGUUUGUUCUGCAGUGGAUCGCAGUGACCAGAAAUCUGCUUCAACUCUAUCUUUUUAUAAAGAACAGCAACUGCCCUGGGAAGUCAUCUUUGAUUUAACUUUUUGGUUUGACGGAUAAUCAGCUGAGAUGAGUUGCACUGAUUGGGUUUGCAGUUUUGGAGAAACAAACAUGUUCCGUAGAUCCGUUUUAUCUCUGAGCUACUCUCCUUCCCGUUGUUUUUAAAAAAUCUGAAAUAAAAUCUGAUUAUAUUCUGAUAAAAGUCCAUUUAAGUUGAAGGUUUUUUAGAUUGAAAGACCAAAAUGUGAGUCUUCCUCUAGAAGGUUUUGUGUAAAAGUGUAAAAUAAAAACAUGUAUGUCCUGAUUUUUUGCAGGGAUGUAAGAUGUGCAUUUUCAUAGGAAUCUUUAUCAAGGGAGAAGUGCUAAUUGGGAGUUGUGUAAAACAUGCUGAGGCCUUUUGACAAGUUAGAUAUUCUGCUCUGUGCUCAUGUGUGAGUUACUUUCAUUUACAAGAAUAAAUAUAUUGUUCAUUUACUAAAUAAAGUUUUUCAAAGCUCAUUUGAGCUCAUUAUUAA